AUGCCUCCUAAAUCUACCUCCGCGGCCUCCAGCAGCCGUCGCGGUAAGCCUUCCAUUUCUCGCACUCCCACCGGCGCCAAACGUGGCUCUACCUCAGCAGACCCCUCCUCCUCGAAGCGACGCCGCGAAACAACAGACACGAUCGAGCUCGCCUCCGACCAAGAUGAUGAAGACCUCGAGAUGUUCGAUCACAGCCGAAUCAACAAUGACGUUACCAUGCUUGGCUCCGACGACGAAGAAGAACAACCAGACGUGGACACGAAUCGGUUCCGACGACGACAGAUGCAGCGCAACAACCAAGACUCGGACGCUGACGACUCAGAUCGGUAUCAACCACAGCAAGAUUCAGACGUGGAAGAGCAACAAGACGAAGCAGAGGACUCGGACGAAGAGGAACGGCCCACGGUCCCCUCGGAGCUGCUCACGAGGUUAUUGUACGAGUUCUUCGAGAGCGACAAGACGAAGAUAACGAAAGACGCGAACGAGGCGGUGGCGCGGUAUGUGGAUAUCUUUGUGAGGGAGGCGAUUGCGAGGAGUGUAGUGGAGAGGGAGGGAGGGAAUGGGACGACUUCUGGGGGAGGAGGGUUCUUGGAGGUGGAAGACUUGGAGAAGAUUGCGCCUCAGUUGUUGUUGGAUCUUUGA